AUGGCUGCCGUUGAGCAGGACCCCCUGCUCUUGCUGCGCCAGUCGAUCGCAUCCAAACGACCUGCGGUUCCGACAGCCUCUGAUGCCUCAGCGGCUGAGGUUCCUCUCUCCCAAGCUAUACAUCUGCGCUUUUCGCACCCGUCGACCGUAUCGGUGUCUCUGGAUACUCCGACGCGCUUCAUAUCGAGCGACCGUCCCGUCGACCUUCGAUCCAUCUACUUCGCCUGGCUGAACAAGGACGUUGCCAUCCCCGAAUACAAUGCCAGCGCGACUCGCCUUAACGAGGAGUUGGGAAGCCUUGGAACUGUCCAGAACCUCGCGUUCGUCGAACGUCUAGACCUGUUUACCUGGCUGGAAGGCGCUAGUGAAGAAAGUGAGCAUAUCAAGCCGCUGGCUGGCGACAAGGAGGGCAAAGAAGGUGCUGGCGCAAGCGCGUCCAAGGCUGCUCCUGCGGCUGCGUCGAGCAGAGCUGGACGCGGAACGCUGGAUCCCAGACUGGCCGUCAUCUACAACGGAGAGCGCAAGAUGGGUGACCGCAACUCCAUUCUGCGAGGUGUCAAGUCUACAGACUUUUCCCACGUCCGCAAGCUCGCCGUUCCAUUCAUCCAAAAGAAGCCCCAGGGAUCGUCAAACAUCAGCUCCAACCCUUCCCUCGCACUCAACCCGAAAGGUCCAACGCGUCGUCCCGAUCCUAUCAUUCUUCUCUCGCCGUCCGCCUCCUCGCUCUUGCGACUGUCCAACAUUCGCUCGUUCCUGGAGCAGGGACGCUACGUCAACCCCGAUGGUGGUGCUGCGGCCUCGAGUAUGUUGCAUGUGUCGCGCAUCAUGAAGGAGAUCGACCCCUCGCGCCCCAUGCGCUUCAUUCUCGUCGAGGGCCCCGAGCAGUUCAAGCCAGAAUACUGGAACCGCGUCGUUGCAGUCUUCACCACGGGCCAGUCGUGGCAAUUCAAGAACUACAAAUGGAGCAACCCGCAGGACCUGUUUCGCCGCAUUCAAGGCGUUUACGUUGGCUGGCGUGGUGACCAGCCGCCUGAAAGUGUCCGCGAGUGGGGACACCGUGUGAUGCACAUUGGAGUCGACCGCUGGCGUGAUGGUGCGGGUGCCAUCGAGGCUGCCAAAUUUAGAGACAAGGAGGCCUCUGAGGCUAUCUGGAGGAUUAUUGAGGCCGGCAUGAAGGCCAAGGGAUGGACGAAGAGCACUGCGCCCACUCUGCUGUAA